AUGGCUUCACCUGCUGCAUCCAAUCCAUCCCUCUCUACAUCGGCCUUCAUGAUCCCAUCCAAGCCCGCUUCGUUUUCUUCGGCCUCAGAUGAUGAUCUUGCAUCUCUCCCUUCGGAAUCCACAUCCACAUCGGAUCUAGAGACCCUCUCUGACGAUUACUCGGAUGCUGAGGAGGAAUGGAGGGAGAGCAUAGAGCAGCUAGAAUUGCUUUUGACCAUGGUUCUUGUACCCUUCGUCGGUAAAUUUCUGGGGAGAAAAUGUGCAUACUGGAGCUGGACCAAAUUCAUGGAAUGGAAAUACCCCGUUGAGGUCGCUGUGCGCAAUAAGUUUGCUUUCGAGGGGACCGGCGCUGUUGAAACCUUCGCCUCUCUAUAA